AUGUCGUGCCUGACGAGAAGAUGGCCGACACCUUUGGAGCUGCACGCUGUCUCGCUGGCCGCCGCAGAUGAUGCUGUUCCGAUGCUGUUCCCCAUGUACACCGUGGCCGCCAAAAGCCUGCUGGAUAUGACUGCGAUUGAGCCGCACGAGAAGCUGAAGGUUCGGGGAGAUCUCACGGUCUUCGACGACAGCAUGGGGAGCGCUGCAUUUAUUUCACAUCAGUGGGUUGCCAAGCAGCACCCCGACCCUGAAAUGAGGCAGAUGAGGGUGCUGCAGGAGACCUUGAGGCGUGUCCUGAGGAGCCAAGGGUCCAUCCCUCCAGACUUCGUAACGGAGAGCUUCGUGGCUUCUGCCAAAAGCAUCUCUUUCCAAGAGCUCCAGACACGGCCGCUGUUCUUGUGGUACGACUUCUUCUCCGUCCCCCAACUGGAGAAGCACAAAGGCUACGCCACAGAUGAGGAGAACAUGAAGCAGCGGAAGGCCAUCAACUGCAUCCCAGCUUAUGUUGCCAAGUGCCGCUACUUCUUCGCCCUGUGCCCGACAAUCGACUGCCCAUGGCAGGGCCAGGUGCUGAAUGCGUCGACCUGGGCCAGGCGCGGGUGGUGCCGGAUUGAGCGAGCAGCGCGCGAGCUUUCCGAACACGACACGUGGAUUCUCGUGCAGAGCUCGACGUCCAUGGAGCUCGUAGGCACCGCGUUUUCAUUUGUGACCGGCUCUGUUGGCGAAGGCGAGUUCACAGAGGAGGGCGACCGAGCCAAGCUGGCCGAGGUCAUGCAGGCGAUCGUGCGGCGCAAGCUGCUUCUGUCCCUGAGGGCCGGAGAUUUGCCCAGCUACCGCCGCCACCUCAACCUCCAAGCAGUGCACCUUCGAGGCUUCGAAGUGGAGCCUUUGGAGGACAUCCUUCCGCUUACGUCCCCUUCGUGCGAUGCGGCGGGCGUGGCGGAAGUGGCGGAUGUGGCGGGGCAUUUUCUUCACCAGAACGGAUUCAGGAAGGUCCGAGAGAGGGAUGCUUCAGGCUGGUGCCCGAUGCACUAUGCGGCCCUGUCAGGGAGGGUGCAGCUGACGGAAGCCCUCCUUCGGCUGCGUGCCGACCUUAAUGGGCGCACCUCCAAGGACGAGCCCAAGCUGGGUUUUGGGCCCUGGAUGUCGGCGCUGGACUUGGCAGUCUUCUACAGGCACAACGACGUCGCGCGACUGCUGAUCGCCGGAAGAGCCCAGCCGACGGGGGGAGUCUUGCCCGCAAUACACCUUGCGUGCGCCUCCGACAACGUGGAGGGCAUCCGCCUCCUCUCCGAGUCCAGCUGCGACGUCCGCGUGAGCAGUAUGACUGGCUUUGGCACCCCGGAGAGUGCCGCCGGCUGGGGUGGCCGGGCCGCCCUGGAGGAGCUCCUCCAAGCCGCAAAAGCAGCAAAGAGCUCCGUGGGCUCCCUGGAUUCCCUGGAACUCUCCCGGGCGCUCUACACUGCCAUGAGUGUCAGGGGUGGCUCCGCGGAGAUGGUGGAAUACCUCACCGGCCUGGGAGCCGACGUGAACUUCCAAUAUGACCCGAAGCGUGAUCUGAACUGGCUGGGCCGGGUGCUGAUCGCGGCCAAGUCGCUGCAGCACCGCUUCGGGACGCAGACGGUGAUGACCUCGGUCGCCGUCCACUGCCACGGCCGCACGCCCCUCAUGGCGGCCCUGCAGUCAGCGCAGUACGAGGGCGCCGCGGCCCUGAUCGCGGCGGGGGCCCGGCUGGACAUCAAAAACUGCCGGGGCUGGAGGGCGGCGAUGGCCAAGGCCGAGGUCCCAAAGUUUCUGAGGCAGGGCCUCGAAGGCGACCCCUCGGAGUGCAAGAGGGUGUCCUCCCUCGCGCUUCCGGGCGGCUAUGUCGAAGUCGUCAUCUAG